CUGGAAAGAGUCAUUUGAGGAGCAUCUGUGAACACGCUGACUCGAUGAGUUUAGUGUGUUGUUCGCUGGUGAAUAAUCAUUUAAGAAGCUUCUAUCCACCUCAGUGAAGUAAAUCAGGAGUAGUUCGCUGACUUAGUGACUAUAUAGCAGCAACUGGAAUACGUUUAGAGGUUGAAAGCGUUCGUUCGAGACUUGAGACAAGUUUCCACGCAAGCUAUUAUCUUCACGGAGACUCAAAUGCUUUGCAAAUUAUAACCGAGCACACGCCAAGACAUGGUUUCAAAGCAUGGAAACAGAAGACGUGACGGUUAGAGAGCAACUAUUUCACGACCGAGUCCGAGAAACCAUUAUUUGCGUGCUGCUUUUCAUUUGCCUGUACAUCUUGUCACACUUCAUUCUCACUCACUUCAAGAAGAAUGCAGAGUUUGUCGCCGAUGACAUUGAGGAUGCCACUGUCAACAAAAUUGCGCUGUGGCUGUGUACGUUCACACUCUCAGUGGCCGUGUGUGCUGUGCUGCUUCUGCCUAUCUCUAUCCUGUCCAAUGAGGUUCUGCUCACAUUCCCGCACAGCUACUACAUGCAGUGGCUCAAUGGCUCGCUCAUCCACGGCUUGUGGAACCUUGUCUUUUUAUUCUCAAACCUCUCUCUGGUCUUCCUAAUGCCAUUCGCCUACUUCUUUACUGAAUCAGAAGGAUUUGCUGGGUCCAAAAAGGGUGUUAUGGCACGGGUGUACGAGACUGCAGUGAUGCUGCUUCUCCUUAGUCUGUUGGUGCUGGGCAUUGUGUGGGUGGCAUCAGCUCUUCUCCAUCACAGCUCCGCCCGUGAGAGUCUUUACGAUCUGUGGGAAUAUUACCUGCCCUAUCUCUAUUCUGGAAUCUCACUUUUUGGAGUUCUGCUGCUUUUGUUGUGCACACCCUUGGGGCUUUCACGUAUGUUUAGCGUCACUGGGAGCUUAUUGGUCAAACCUCGGUUGUUGGAGAACUUGGAAGAAGCAAUGAACUGUACACAUUUUGAAGAGGCCUCUCUGUCCAGGAAGUUGAAAUGUAACACCUCCUGUUGGAUCAGUGCAAACAUAAAGGCCAUCAACAAGGAAUAUUUGAGUGUGAAGUCCAAACGUAUUGCUCUAGAGAUGAGGAAGAGAGUAUCUCCAUGGCAACGCAACCUGGGAUACCCAGUGGCCAUGCUGCUACUUUUAGCUUUGACUGCGGUGUGUGUGCUGAUGGUCUGUUUCCAUGUGCUGGAACUGCUCUUUGAUGAAUCCGCUAUGCCUAGAGGGAUGGAGGACCCUCACUUGGGGCUUGCCUCGUUCUCAAUGUUCGGUUCUCUGGGAGCUGCAGUGCAGGUGGUCAUCAUCCUGUAUCUCAUGGUCUCCUCUGUCGUUGGCUUCUACAGCUCUCCGCUGUUCACUGGUUUGCUGCCACGUGCACAGGACACUACCCUCACACAGAUUAUAGGGAACUGUGUUUCUCUUUUAAUACUCAGUUCAGCCCUGCCUGUUUUCUCCCGCACAUUGGGAAUUACAAGGUUUGAUCUGCUUGGAGACUUUGGACGGUUUAACUGGCUCGGCAGUUUCCACAUUGUUUUCCUGUACAAUAUGCUUUUUGCUGGACUCACAUCCGCCUGCCUCAUCAACACAGUCACAUGGGCCUUGCAACGAGAACUCAUCCGUGCCUUUGGUCUCCACAGACUGCCUCUGACUGUGUCUCGAUCAACCAUCCCUCUCAAACUCCUUCUGGCCAAUGGGCUCUCAAAGAUUCAUUGAAGAGCGAUUAGCCUUUUCAUAUAUCAUUGGCUAUUGAAGCCCAUUACCUUCUGGAGAUGGUUCUGGAUCCCAUUCUGUGGCUUUCUCCUAUUGGACCAGGGCUAUUUUGCGUCCAUUUAUAGAUGGUCACCAAAUCUGUUUACAAAGGUUGCCUGAACGAUAAAUAUCGACUGAUGGAAUUUCCGGAGUGGAUUUCUGCAACCAGUUUUAUGGGUUUACUUCAGUAAUAUAAAUAUAUAUAACUGCAUUUAAAAGGGAUGUCAAAUCACUGAACGCCUUGAACUAAUGCCUUAUGAAAAAUGAACAAUGGCUUUAGAGGACUUUGACAUGCAUCCAGAAAUGCUAUUUCAGAGGAUGACAUCACAGCCAUAACCACGUUUCCUUUUCCUGGUGGUGGAAUGAGAGUGUUGAGUUCUGUCCUGGUUGGGGCCCCCCACGCUUUCCCCUUGUAUAUCACUAUUUUUAGUGUCAUCCAAUGAUUCCAAUCCCUGUUGUAUUGUGGGUCCUUAUAGCAGGAAGUCCAUUAUGAUGGGGUUUGUCUGCUUCUCACUAAAGUGAAGAACCUGUGAAAAGGGAUGAAAGUGGAGCAAGUGAUACUGAUCUUGGAGAUUUAUGUUUGGUGUGAGAAAACGCAGGCUUGAAAAAGACACUUUUGGAGAGUUUAGGUUUUAAAAUGUUAAAUUCAGACUAUGUUUGCCAUUGAUUUCAAGCUUUAGGCCAAGAAUACUGUGAAUGUUUAGGGUUUUUGUUAUUUCAUAUGUGAAACUUUAAUGUGCAAUAUUAUAUUCUGAAAUGUUAACACAGAAUUAUGCAAAUGUAACUACUGCUUUCCAGAAACUUGUGCAGAUGACCAAAAUAAGGUAUUUGCUUUAAAAACACCUAAAUUGGGCAAUAAGGUCACAGUUUGGUUAGUUCAUGCAUUUUGGGUUAAAUUGUGUGGCGAGACAAUCAACGCACAUGGCCGUUUCCUGUUUCAUGGACAUAACAAGAAUGUGAUUGAUAAAUGUGGACUUUUUGAUUCGAUAAUCACUAUUUUUAUAGAGUCUGGUAUUUAUGUAGUACACAUUUUAUUUGCUGAUUAUAUUGUUGUUUAUUCUUUUGUAUGAUUGUAUUAUUUAUGGAUUUGUUUCUAUAUCAGCAUCAUUUUAAACUAAUUUCAUUUCAUGUCAAACAUUUUGUUUGUCCCCAUAGGGCAAUUUACGAGGUAGCAUACCAUAACAAAAUAUACAUUGGAAGCGUCAUGUCCUUCAACUGAUGGCCAGUAGGGGACAGGGUACCACAAAUCCAUUAUAACAAAAUUUAUAUAGACUUCUAUUUUAAUGACAUGAUAGUUGCAUAAAUCAGAUUUUUUUAAAUAUAGCAACAUGACUGAAUUAUAUUCUAAGUCAAGUAUGGAUGUAAAUCAUUGCUUAAAUGGAUAGUUCACUCAAAAAUAAUAAUCUUUUAUUCAUGUGCUAAACCUGUAUGGUUUCUUUCUUUGAGACACAAAGAAUGUUUAAGACUCAAUUCCAUUCCAUUCAUUGUUCCAUUCAUGCAGUUUGAAACCUUACAUUUUUGGAGUGAAUUAUCCUUUUAAGUGUUUUUCCACACUCACAAAAAGUAUUUUUACAGCUCAAAACAACUGGAUUCAAGAGUGGCUGGAUGUCAGACUGUCUGUCUUGCACUGAUAGAUCAUAUAUGGGUGUCUUUUUUUUACUUCAAUAUUAAUGGAAGACAAAAAGAAAAUACAGUGAGGAUUAAUAAUUGGAAAAAAAAAAUGUUGACCAUUUAAUUUCUUUCAAUAAUUCCAGCUGUGUCCUUAAAGCAUAAUAAGGGACUGUGACAAACAAUUUUUACACAGGAAAAGAGUACAAUAAAUGUGUUUACACCUGUUUUUUCAA